AUGGAGUGGUCUGAUGAUGUCGCUUUCGCGAAACAAACCUUGGACUCCUGGGUCUCGGCUGUCGACUGGCUCGUCUCUUAUCGGAGUAAGGCCACCGCCCUUAUUGACUUAAACAAGCUCCAAAAUGCGUUCCGGGGGCCUCCCAGUGGCUCUGCUAUUAACACUGCUGCUGUGAAGGCGUUCCAAGGUAUGGCUUCCGUCGCUGCCGCUGUCAACGACGUCUUACCUCUAAAGAGUUUAAGUUUUACAACUUCCCAGAGCCCCUUCCAGAGAUUCUCCACAAAAUCCUCUCAGGUCAUCGAGACAAUUCACUUAAUAAUAUGACUAUACUGGAU